ACACAAUCGAGUUGAUUUGUCAAUAAUUUUAUAUAUUAAUAAUCGAUACAAUUUUUACACCAAUUUUAUUCAUUAAUUGGACAAUAAAUAACGACAUUAUGGCUGGAAUACCCAAGCUUCCUGGAUUCACCUUCACUGAUCCAACACUUAACAAAUUUCAUUUAUCGCAAACUUUCAAUCUCUGCAACGGAUAUAAAUUGCCGAAAAAUACUUACGUUGGAAUAGGUGGCAGAGAAUUGGAUUCUAACUCGGUGAGGAAUCUCCCAAAAUAUGAUGCUGUCAAGUAUGAUCCUUCUUUGACUUACGGCAGAGCUAAAUCUAAAGCUUUACCAAGUUUCACUCCUCACUACGUGUUGUACGAUCAAAAAUGUCUCACAUUCAGAGCGUUCUUCAAGCAGGCAGUUGUGGAGUCUCCUGAUGAAUUUUUUCGAGUUAGACAUGUGAAUCUCAUUUAUUUUCUAGAGGAUGAUACUAUAACUGUCAUAGAACCCAGAGUACCAAAUAGUGGAAUAGAUCAAGGUAGGCUCAUAAGGAGAGGUAAGAUUCCAAAAAAUGAUGGUGGUGCUUAUUGGCAUUGGAAAGAUUUCGACGUUGGUAAAGAUUUGGUGAUGAAUGGCAUCGUUUUUCAUACUGUUGAUUGUGAUCUAUUCACGAGAGAAUACAUGGCUAGUCAGGGUUUGGUUAUGGCUGAUACAGAAGAGAUGCCUGUAGAUCCAUACAUUUUCAAUAGACAUUUACAGAAAAGAAGUACUGUGACCAAAACUCCACCUGCAGAUGAUAAACUUCGCCGCUUCUUGGAAUAUGAUGGGAAAGUUCUCAAGUUCAAAGCAGUUUGGGAUGACAGAGAGAAUGAUUAUGGAGCACUAAUGAAGUAUGAGAUAUUAUAUUUUUUGGCAGACGAUACUGUUCUGGUUAAAGAAGUGCAUGAAAAAAAUGAUGGGAGGGAUCCUUAUCCUGUGUUAUUGAGGAAAACAAAGUUGCCAAAACGACACACUGACACUCCGGUAACCUACCCUGCCGUGUAUCUGGAGCUUUCUGAUGCCGAAGUAACGGAAUAUUAUCAACCCAAGGACUUCCAGAUUGGGGAAACCAUAUUCGUCCUUGGACGUGACAUGCUGCUCUACGACUGUGACAAGUUCACCAGAGACUAUUUCCGCAAGGCCCUCUGCAUCGAACAAAAAGCCGCAUUAGAUAUUUCUGAGCCGAAAGCGCAGCCUCCUGCGCCUCAGACUCCACCCCAUGACGGGCUGGGAUCACUAGAGGACUCUAUACAAAACACCCGAACGUUUUUGCCAAAGCCACCAAAGAAAGAUGUGAUGCGACAGCUUCUGAAUGCCAACAAGUAUCUGCGAUACGAGAUGGUUAUGGAUGCGGUACAUCCGGAGGAUAUAGUCAGACGGUUUUUAUUGAGUUAUUCCUUGGCUGAUGGUACUUGCAAAAUUAUGGAGCCCCCUAUCAAGAAUUCCGGCAUCAUCGGCGGCCUGUAUCUGAGGAGCACUUUGUUGGUCAAACCGGGUUCUGACCCUCUCGACCCCUCCUAUUACACUCCGGUGGAUUUCUAUAUCGGCGCCAUCAUCACGGUUUUCCAACAGCGUUUCGAAAUAGUCGGAGCAGACCUCUACGUCUAUCGAUACAUGGAGGCCAACGAAAGCAAAUUCCCCUGCGAAGUAAUCGAAAGCCUCAGAAAUUACAUGUUCAACAAGGGCCAUCUCAAAGAUGACGUGACCGAUCAAGUGAAGGACAACUUGGAGACAGAAAGAAGGUGGGAUUCGGACACCAAAGGGGACGGUCUUAGACAGACGGAGAUGGACCAGUGCUUGCACCGCGUGAAAGUCGACGACGCCUAUGAAAAGGCCAAGAUGGCGGACAUCCGGCGCGAGUACGAGCAGUCGAUGGAACACAAAUCGCAGGUGCAACCUUACGGCAUCAAGACCGUGAACGAAGAUUGCGCCUAUCCCGUGAAAGUCGGGGAUGUGAAGAGUACCGAGUGCUCAGAGGAAACACAAGGCCAAUAUACGUCGUACACCCCCAAGCACAUCGACACACCCGAGGAAAGGGUGGAGAAAUACUACGCGGGCGUACUCAAAGACCACCGAGACAUCUGCGACGGCCGGCACCCCGUAGAGUGCUCGGAGCCCCCCUCCGGGUCCCCGGAGUCUCGCGGGGUGGAGGCCCCGCGGCCGAUAAUGGUCAGCAGGCCGGACGUGCCGCCUCAAGAGUGCAACACGAAGACGGUGAGGUUCGAGGAGUAUCCGGAGAGAUGCGACAGGGACAGAUACGACCUGUGCGAUCUGAAGGCAGAUAAGAUACAUUGCGAGUGUACCAAGUACCAGAAAGAUUGUUGAAGACUAUCGAAAAAUAUAUAUGUAUACA